CUUCCACACGAAGCCAUGGCGGCCGCCGUGUCCGUUAGCAGAGCUGCCAGAGACGAGAAGAGCUACGCUGGUGCCAGUUUCACUACCCGUCCAUUCUACGAGCACUACGAUCAAGCCAAACCGGAGAACUGGGCUGCUGAAGAAAGCAGAGACGCCGAAGCAGAUCGCCGCGACGAAGACUCGUCCGCGGGCGGCGAAUGUCCCCGCAGGGUCGACGAUGAGCUGACUACCCUCAGCCCUGAAGAAGUCGCUAGUCGUUUAGAGAGGACUCGCAGAGAGUUUUACAAUCGCCGCAAAAUCAUUAUAAAGAACCUCCCCGCCGAUGUGAGCAACCAGGAAGUGCAUGAGCUGUUAAGCAGCUAUGAUCUGAAGUACUGCUUUGUUGACAAAUACAAAGGAACAGCCUUUGUCACACUGCUAAAUGGUGAGCAGGCCCAGUCCGCGAUCAAGGAGUUCCACCAGUACGUUCUGCGUGAUCGGGAGAUCUCUGUGCAACUGCAGCCCACGGAUGCUUUGCUCUGCAUCGCCAACCUACCUGGGGCCUUUACACAGCAGCAGUUUGAGGAGCUGGUCCGGCCCUUUGGAAACCUUGAGCGCUGUUUCCUGGUGCACAGCGCCAAUACGGGCCACUCCAAGGGCUAUGGCUUUGUGGAGUACAUGAAGAAGGACUCGGCGGCCCGAGCCAAAUCGGAACUGCUGGGGAAGCAGCUUGGCUCUCGCAUGCUGUACGUGCAUUGGACGGAAGUUGGCUCACUCACCUACCCCAUGCUGCACUCGCGCUGUCUCUGUGUGGACCGCCUACCUCAAAGCCUCCUCACUGCUCAGGACCUUCGCAACGCCCUGGCUGACACACCUGCUCCAAUUUUCUGUCAGCUUGCUCAGGGCCAAGACGGCAGUUUCCGGCGGUUUGCUGUUUUGGAGUACUCCACGCCAGAGAUGGCUGAAGAGGUGCAACGAUUAACUGACGGAAGGCUUCUAGGGGGAACCCACAUUCGUGUCUCCUUCUGUGCCCCAGGGCCACCAGGCAGGAGUAUGCUGGCAGCUCUUAUUGCUGCCCAGACUAUGGCUUUAAACAGGGGAAAAGGUCUACUCCCUGAGCCCAAUGCCAUGCAGAUCCUUUCUGGCUUGAGCAAUCCAGCCACCCUGAAGAUGCUGCUGAACCCGCUCAACCAGGGGCAGAAACAAGGUCUGCUUGGUGCAGCCCCACCAAUGCCGCUCUUGGCUAAUCCAGCUCUUUCUGCAGCUCUUGUGCAACUGCUGCUUCAGAACCAAGUCCAGCAGGCUGGACUGUUGGGUGAAAAUCCUCUCACAACUCUCCCUCUACAACAAGGGAUUAACAUGCUGGGAGAUCUACCUCAUGGUGUGUCAAAUCUACUACCCCAAGGUGCCAUGGGUCCAGGCCUCAGCCUGCAAACAGAGCCUCUAGGUCCCAUAAAGCCCCCAUCUGUGGGCCGGACACUAGGGAGGGAGCCAGAGUCUCCAACCACACCAGUUAGCUUCACCCUAAACCCCUCUCCUGCGCUACAAGGUUUGAGCAUGCCACUUCUGGGGAGUGUGCUAGGAGGAGAUGGGUCCCCUCUUUCAUUGGCAUCCAUAUUGGGAGAUCCACCCAAAGAGAUUGGAGUGUCCUCAAACCCUUUUCUGAAUGCACCUAGCAUAUUCCCAUCCUCAGCUGCCAGUUCCAGGACCCACCCGUAUAGAAAGAGGCCAACGUUAAGUGGGACAUCUACGCCACGGCCUCUUCAGAGUAUUCACUCCAAUUACAGCCUGCGAUGCCAGGAUUCUUAUGCACGCGAGUUCCCAUCACUUCACCAGGACUCCCAUGGCCACCUUUUUGAGCAACAGGAGGCGCUGGACAGCACAGGGCUCUUUGCCUAUGGAGCACAGCACUCAAGCUUCAGUGACCGAGCAUCUCCAUUCAACUAUCCCCCCAGCCCUACUGGCUCCUCCUACUUCAGCUUUGGAGCCCCUUGCAGCAUACCGUCAACCCAGCUCAAUAAGGCUGUAGGAAUGCCUCCUGUGUCUCACUCCAGCUUAUUCUCUGCACCUGGGACUGGAGUAAAGACUCCCAUUGGAGGGCAGAAGCGUCUGUUCUCACGGCUGAUCCCAUCUCCAGAGCCUAGUCCAGAGGGGGGUUAUGUGGGCCAGCAUUCUCAAGGGCUAGGGGGUCAUUAUGCUGACUCCUACCUGAAACGCAAGCGCAUCUUUUAACCACCGCUCAGCAGCUCUCUCGGGAACCCCUGCUGGCUGUCGGUCAGGAAGAGGAUGGAGGUCAGCAAAGAAAGGCCAGCAUCUUGCUGGUCUGGGUGAAAGCCUAGCAGGCACCCCUGGAGGGCCCUGUGUUGGGAGCAGCCCUAGAGCUCAGCCAGCCUUUUG